GUGAUUGACGAGGAGUGGGUUAAGUGACCAGAAGUCAGAAUUUUUGGUGCUGUUGUUUUGGGCUUGGGUUUUAUGCCUUGUUGUUGUUUGCCAAGGAAGCCUCGUUUUUAAGUGGAUUGGGAAGCGUGAGGAAUACUGCCCUAGGUACAAAGGGAAGGCGGCAGGUAGCGGUGGACGAAUUAAAGAGCUUCAUGAGCUUGUGAGUCUCCACUGCCCUAAACUGGAGGGGAUCGUCGUACGUAGAGACAGCCAUUGGCGUUUCUGCAUAACGGAUCCUCAAAACAGUCCUGGAUGGUGGCCUGUGAGUAGUGGUUAAGAGCACGGGUUUGGCGUCACAGUUAUGAAGCCUGGUUCUGCUGACUUGAGACCUGGAGGAAUGCCUUGAACUCUGACUUCUGUGUCCUUUCCUGUAGAAUGGGAAUAAUUCCCACCUUGCAGAGUUGUAGGGAGGAUUAAGGAAAUGAUCUUGGUUGACAAGUUUAUCGUGGUGUGGGUACCUAGGUAGUAGCUAUCAGUGUUAUUUAAUGCGGCCGGGCGCAGUGGCUUAACGCCUGUAAUCCCAGCACUUUGGGAGGCCGAGGCGGGAGGAUCACGAGGUCAGGAGAUCGAGACCAUCCUGGCUAACAUGGUGAAACCUCGUCUCUACUAAAAAUACAAAAAAUUAGCCAGGCGUGGUGGCACGCGCCUGUAGUCCCAGCUACUCUGGAGGCUGAGGCAGGAGAAUCGCUUGAACCCGAGAGGCGGAGGUUGCAGUGAGCCGAGAUCAUGCCACUGCACUCCAGCCUGGCGACAGAGCGAGACACUCUCUCUCUCUCUCUCUCUAAAAUUUAAUGAAUGAGGAAACGGCGAACAUACGUCCAAUAAGGUGGGACUUCACCAGCUAAGGUGGAGGAGGUGCCUUAACCUUCCGGAGCCUCUGUGUAAAAUGGGAAUAAUAUACAUUGUAAUGGCUGCUUCUCAAGAUGGUUGUAGGAUUAAGUAAGGUUAGAAAUAUGAAAAGAGCUUAUAAAUUGCAAAACAUUUUACCGAUGCUAAUGUAAUCGCUAACACUCCAGAGCAUUUUGAAAUUUUUUUAUAGAGUUGGCACAGCAGCAGGGUCAUAGGACACCCCCAGAGCAACUUGUGGGUCUUGGAAUAGAUGAAAAGAAACAACUGCCACUGUGUUGCUACCAUAAUCCUAAAGAUAAAGCUUUCCAGGAGACCCCUAUUUCCUCUCUGCUUUUUCUGCCUACGGCACUUCACACUUCUGUGCCAGCAUUUUUCCUGCCUAGUUAAAUACCAGUCUGUCAAUUAUGUAAGAGACAGCUUAGUCCAGUAGUUAAGAGCACAGACUGUGGACAUGGGCAGCCUGCAUCUGAAUACCAGUUCUGCCACUUACUAACGAUGUGACCUUGGACAAAUUAUUUUACCUCUCUUGGCCUCAAAUUUCUCAUCUGUAAAAUGGGGAAGGUAAUAAUGUAUUAUAUCAUCUACCUUGUGAGGUUUAAAUAAUGUUAGUGCUUGUAGAACACUCCCUGGCACAUUGUAAGCAAUGUAUAAGGAUUUGCUGCCAUUUUUGUUAGCACUGCUACUGCAUGACCAGGCAGUCAUUCUUCUCAGUAAUACUACUAGAUUCCUUUGGUUAGAGACAGCUCUGCGUUUAGAAGGUUCCAGGCAUGGAGAAAAGCUGGUGAAGGUCCUAGAAUAAAUGACUUCUUGGGGAUUUUUGUUGUUGGUUUUGUUCACUAAAGUAUCCCAUGCAACUGGAGUGGUACCUGGCACACAGUAGGUCCUCAGUAAAUGUUUAUGGUAUUAAUACAUUUCUAACCUUGCUUAUCUUUUUGCCCCAACAGGUGCUUGCCUUAGAGCAAGGGAAACAGCUCUGAUUCAAAGGAACUAGAAGCCUCUCCCUCAGUGGUAGGGAGAGAGCCAGGAGCGGUUUUCUGGGGAACUGUGGGAUGUGCCCUUGGGGGCCCCAGAAAACAGAAGGAAGAUGCUCCAGACCAGUAACUACAGCCUGGUGCUCUCUCUGCAGUUCCUCCUGCUGUCCUAUGACCUUUUUGUCAAUUCCUUCUCAGAACUGCUCCGAAAGGCUCCUGUCAUCCAGCUUGUGCUCUUCAUCAUCCAGGAUAUUGCAGUCCUCUUCAACAUCAUCAUCAUUUUCCUCAUGUUCUUCAACACCUUCGUCUUCCAGGCUGGCCUGGUCAACCUCCUAUUCCAUAAAUUCAAAGGGACCAUCAUCCUGACAGCUGUGUACUUUGCCCUCAGCAUCUCCCUUCAUGUCUGGAUCAUGAACUUACGCUGGAAAAACUCCAACAGCUUCAUAUGGACAGAUGGACUUCAAACGCUGUUUGUAUUCCAGAGACUAGGUAAGGACCAGAGCAAGGUCAGGCCUCUCUCGGGUGCCACAUGUGUCUCUUUCAGUGAGGGCCUUGAUGCUGGCUUCCCAGACCUGUCCCAGCUGGCUUGGGAUGGUUGCAAUAGCCACACCAGGAACAGGAGGGAUUACUGCCCCUGCCGUUGCUGGAAGACUGUGGGAAAUCAGCAGGGAGGGCUGCCCAGCCUCAUUAGGUUCUGUUCUUUUUGUUUGUUUGUUUGUUUGUUUGUUUGUUUUUGAGACAGUCUUGCUCUGUCGCCCAGGCUGGAGUGCUGUGGCGCUAUCUCGGCUCACCGCAAGCUCUGCCUCCCGGAUUCACGCCAUUCUCCUGCCUCAGCUUCCCGAGUAGCUGGGACUACAGGUGCCCACCACCAUGCUCGGCUAAUUUUUUUUGUAUUUUUAGUAGAGACGGGGUUUCACCGUGUUAGCCAGGAUGGUCUCGAUCUCUGACCUCGCGAUCCGCCCGCCUCAGCCUCCCAAAGUGCUGGGAUUACAGGCGUGAGCCACCGCGCCUGGCCACGUUCUGUUCUUAACCUGAAAUGAUACUCAGGAGCACCCCUGAGGCUUCUCUUCUGCUUCCUCCCCGCAGCGGCAGUGUUGUACUACUACUUCUAUAAACGGACAGCCGUAAGACUAGGCGACCCUCGCUUCUACCAGGACUCUUUGUGGCUGCGCAAGGAGUUCAUGCAAGUUCGAAGGUGACCUCUUGUCACACUGAUGGAUACUUUUCCUUCCUGAUAGAAGCCACAUUUGCUGCUCUGCAGGGAGAGUUGGCCCUAUGCAUGGAGAAACAGCUGGACUUUCCAAGGAAGGUUCAGACUAGCUGUGUUCAGCAUUCAAGAAGGGAGAUCCUCCCUCUUGCACAAUUAGAGUGUCCCCAUCGGUCUCCAGUGCGGCAUCCCUUCCUUGCCUUCUACCUCCGUUCCACCCCCUCCUUCCUUUCGUCUCUGUACCAUUCAUUCUCCCUGACCCGCCUUUCUUGCAGAGGGUUCUGUGGCUCUUACCCUUGUGAAGCUUUUCCUUUAGCCUGGGACAGAAGGACCUCCCAGCCCCCAAAGGAUCUCCCAGUGACCAAAGGAUGCGAAGAGUGAUAGUUAUGUGCUCCUGACUGAUCACACUGCAGACAUUUAGAUUUUUAUACCCGAGGCACUUUUUUAAAAUGUUUUAUAAAUAGAGAAUAAAUUGAAUUCUUGUUCCAUAAA